GUAGUGUUUUUUUUAAUAUCGUUGAACUAAAUUGACAGGAUAGCUAGCUAGCUAGCACGAUAAUAUACAUUAUUUUGUUCCCCCCUGACGACAGUUUCCCCCCAUCCCUUAUCUAUGGCUUCAAAUUCAAACAUAGAUAUAGAGGGUGCAACCCAGCAUCUUCGUGAUAUAUUAAAGCUGGAUCGACCCGCGAACAACGUCGACUCUUCUCCAUGUGAGAACCAAAGAAAAACCUCUUACAAUGGUGAAUUUAAUGGACUUCUGGGAGCAGACAUUUUGGGUGCUGGCGACAGGUCAGCCAUGGCUGAAUCCACAGGCCCUAAUUCAGAGAACAUCAACUCCCAAGAGUGUCAGAUAAUCUGUCUCUCUGGGGAUGAUGGCUCCACUUGCAUUCCCAUCACAUCAAACAAUGUUGAAAUAGUGGCAAGUCGAGACUCAAGCAUUGACAGCAAGGCCCGUGGCAGCAACAAGGUAAAAAUCCAGCCUGUCGCCAAGUAUGACUGGGAGCACAAAUAUUACUACGGCAACCUGAUUGCAGUCUCUAACUCAUACCUGGCAUAUGCCAUCCGAGGAGCAAACAACCAAGCGAUGAUCCGUGUGUUAAGCCUGGGCUCGGCAGAGCGCACCCUGUUGAAGGGCUUCACUGGUGCCGUCACAGACCUGGCCUUCGCACAUCUGGACUCCACACAUCUGGGAUGUGUCGACGAGGCUGGCAACCUGGUCAUCUGGAGGCUCACCUGCCACAGCAGCAAAAUCCAUGAUCAAGUGGUCAUCCAUAUCCGGAGGCCUGAAGAUACGCCUCUGAACUCCAAUCGGAGACUGAUCUGGUGUCCCUUCAUCCAAGAUGACAAUGAUGAGAACCCUGAGGAGGCCAGCCAGAACCUGGCCUUGUUGCAUGAAGACCGGGUUGAAGUGUGGGAUCUGGAGAAUCUUCGCAGCAACAACAGCACCUGGCCAGUAGAUGCCACUGACCUCAAGGAGGGAGUUAUAACCAUUAAAGGUCAUACAGAGCGUGUCAGUGAAGGUGCACUGUCUCCAGACGGGACAGUCCUGGCCACAGCCAGUCAUGACGGAUAUGUAAAGUUCUGGCAAAUCUAUAUAGAAGGACAGGACCAGCCAAGUCCUCUCCCCGGCUUCUUCCACAGAUGUCUGCAUGAGUGGCAGCCUCACAACGGGGGCCCCCUCUCCUGCCUGCUGUUCUGUGACAACCACAAGAAACAGGACCCAGAGGUUCCCUUCUGGCGCUUCCUGAUUACUGGAGCUAAUCAGAACCAGGAGUUGAAGAUGUGGUGCACGGUGUCGUGGACCUGCCUUCAGACCAUCAGGUUUUCCCCCGACCCGUUCAACUCCUCCGUCCUGCCCAGUUUGAAGGCCAGCCUGGACUUGUCUGCAGAGUGCCUCAUCCUCAGCGACGUACAGAGGAAGGUGUUGUAUGUGAUGGAGUUGUCUCAAGACCAGGACAAGGGCCGGGCCGGCUUCACUGCCGUGUCGGAGUUCCUGCUCACUCACCCGGUGCUCAGCUUUGGUGUUCAGGAUGUCAGCCACAGUCGCCUGCGCCACACCGAGGUCCUCCCCCAAGACGAGGAGAGUGAGAGCAUGACUGCAGAAGGCAAUCAGGGACCAUUGGAGUCCAGAGCUGGGAUCCAAAUCAAGCUAUACUGUGUUCACACGAAGUCUCUUCAAGACGUGCAAAUCUGGUUUCAGCCAAACUUCGGCACGAGUACCUCCAUGUUCCUGCCUCACUCUGACUCAAACGAUGGUUAUGGUUUUUCCGAUAACCUGACGGACAUGAGCGUGGAAGGUUUGAGCUCUGACAAGGAGUCCGGCUGUGGCUCCCAAAACGAUCUUUGCAAGAUUUCCGCACUCCCUGCUCCUGCCGACUUCCUGACGCCCUCCGGCGCGGCUGCCAUGCCCAAGCUCAUGACCCCUGACGCGUUCAUGACCCCCAGUGCUUCGGUACCAGCCUCCCCGGCCAGCAGCGCCAGCAGCCUGACCAUAGUGACAGCCAUGAGCAGCAACUCUGAAAGUGGCGCCAGCGAUGUCAUUGUCUGCAGGGGAGGCGAGGAGCCCACCCAGAGCCCCAAGAUGUCUGUGGAGAGCAGCAGCAACAGCAGCCUGACUCUUAGUGCCAGCACCAGCAGUCCCAGAGCCAGCUCCAUUCUCAUCUCCGGGCUGGGCGACAACAUGCCGGUCCUUUCCUCUCCAAACCCCCCCCUCUCACUGGACCCUCAGGUCAUUGAGCCCAUACUGAUCCAGCAAGCCUCUCCUACCCGGGCGCGCUCUCCGGAUGUCAUCUCGUCCGCCUCUACGGCCAUGUCCCAAGACAUCCCGGAGAUAGCCUCCGAGACCCUGCAGCGAGGCCUGGGGGGUGUGUCCGGAGCUGAUCCCCGAGACCCUCUCCCAGCCCUCCACGCGGACAGCAUGGCCUCUGCAGCCUCAGCCCUUCACCACCUCUCUCCGCGGAACCAGAACAGCUCUGACCACGGCCACCUGCCCCUGGAGCUGGGUGCCGGAGCGGGAGCCGUGGAGGCCGAGCAGAGGCUCAGCAACACCCCUUCGUUACUGGAGAACGCCCUGUCUCAGGAGAAUGCCGCCGCUGGGUCCUCAGACAACAACGUGAGCCACCCCUGGCCUGCAGCUCCAGACAUCACACGGGAGACACGCAACAGCCUGCGGGACAAUGGCCUGGGUGACUGCUCGAGGGACGAAAUGAAGGACCGACACAUGUCGUCGCCAUACCAUCGACGUACCUACCACUUAACCCAGAAUGAUAGUCAGGACGCCAGUGCAGAACAGAGUGACCAUGACGACGAGGUGGCCAGUCUAGCAUCGUCCUCUGGGAACUGUGGCACCAGAUCUUCUUCUCACAGACUGCCCGUCAAAGAGUGGAAGUCUUCUCCCAGGGGUUCCCCCAAACUAAAAAGGAAGAGUAAAAAAGAUGAGGGGGAUGUUUCUCAGUCCCGGCAGCCUGAGCACCACCAUCACCAUCAUCAGCCGGUGAACCCCGAGGCCCAGGAAGAGCUGCUGAUGCUGUUGCGUAACCAGCAGAGGGGGCUGGAGGAACUCCGUCAGAGUCAGCUGGAGUUGCUGCAGAGGGUGACUGGCCACAUGGACACUGUGCAGAGCUUUAUCCUUGCCCGUGUGGAGCAUGUCAUGGUCAGCCAGCAGGAGCACGAACAGAGGAGAAUGGAGAGGAUACUAACAGAAGACCACAGUCGUAACCAGCAGCUCCAGGAGCAUCUCUCCCAGCAGCUGGCUCAGACUCUCAGCAACACCCUGUGUACCCGGCUGGACAAGACUCUCCGAGAGGAGAUGAAGAAGACCGUUCCUCCUACUAUCACUAAGAGUCUUGAGCCUGUUACUGCCCAGAUGAGUAACACGAUCGCUGCUAAGCUGACGGCUGUGGAGGCGGCCCUGAAGGAGAAUGUUAGCAAAGUUGUCAAGUCAAAGAACACCACAGAUGCCAUUGGCCGUGCAGCUGCCGAGGCCAUGCAGGGACCAAUUCAGGCUGCCUACAAGGAUGCAUUCCAAAGCAUAGUGCUGCCUGUGUUUGAGAGAGGCUGCCAGUCCAUGUUCCAGCAGAUCAAUGACAGCUUCAAGCAGGGCACCCAUGAGUAUAUCCAGCAACUGGAGACCCAUGUGAAGAACAGGAAGCAGCAUGAGCAGGAUACCCGGGACCCUAUGAUAGCCCAGCUGCAGCAGAUGAUUGACGCGUUCCAGAAGUCGACAGAUCAGCUGGCGGCCACCGUCACAGCCAGUGUUCGCUCUGAGGUCCAGCACCAGCUCCACAUGACGGUGGGAAACCUGCAGGACUCCAUCCUGACUCAGGUUCAGCGCAUCGUGAAGGGGGAGGUGAGCUUGGCCAUGAAGGAACAGCAGGCGGCGGUGACCUCCAGCAUCAUGCAGGCCAUGCGCUCUGCUGCCAGCACCCCUGUACCCACUGCACACCUGGACUACCAGGCCCAGCAGGCCAGCAUCCUUCAGCUCCUGCAGCAGGGACAGCUGAACCAGGCCUUCCAACAGGCCCUGUCUGCCUCUGACCUCAACCUGGUUCUCUACGUGUGUGAGACCAUGGACUCCCAGCAGGUGUUUGGCCAACAUCCCUGCCCCCUCAUCCAGCCCGUGCUGCUGUCCCUCAUCCAGCAGCUAUCCACUAACCUGGCCACUCGCACGGAGCUCAAGAUCAGUUACCUGGAGGACGCUGUGAUGAACCUGGACCAUGGGGAUCCGGUGACGAGGGACCACAUGAGUGCAGUGCUGUCCCAGGUCAGACAGAAGCUGUUCCAGUUCCUGCAGCAGGACCCACACAGUACUCUGAGCAAGAGAGCCCGGCGCCUGAUGAUGAUGCUCCAGGGCCUGGUCAAUCAUUAGUUCUGUACCUGGUGUGAUAUCGUGGCGCUCCUUCUCUUGCCUGCUCUGCUCCCACAUCAUUAGAAUAAGGUGCAGUGAGUUUCAUUGAUAUGCUGAGGGGAGCAGAGCUGUUAGCUGAAGAGAUGUGAACAUGUUGUGUAAUGGCUCUGCACUUCCUGUAUGCCCUGAUACAUUGCAAUUGAACAUUUUGUGUUUUUAGUGUUCUGUUCUUUUUUUUUUUUUUAUGCAGAAAAAUUGCAUGAGUCAACUGUGUUUUCCUUCUUGGACUUGGUGUAGAUUGAAGGAUUUUUCUCAGUUGGAAACUCAUAAGUUCUAUGAACCUGGCAGUAGCUUAUUUUGUCAUUGUCCUUGUCAUAGCAACGUGCGGCUGUUAGAGAAAACAAAAUCUAUUUUAAACGUUGACAGUCUGUACAUAUGUGGUGUUACAGUACCAGUCAAAGUUUGGAGACGUUCAAGUGAAUGGAUGUCUAAACUUUGGACUGGUUCUAUAUGUUUUCUGUUUGUUCAACCAUUCUGUUAAAUCCAGUGCUUUGUAAUAGUUCAGAACGCUGUCUUGGUGUGAUGGACUUGUACAGUAGGCUUUGAAUCUACAUCGUUAGUAUUGUAUUUAAGCCUUUCUCUGCUCUUUCUGAUACAUUUGACUGACCAUGUUACUAAAGAUGACAGAAGUAGGCUUGUGGAAAACUGAAAUUGACCACCCACUUGUAGUGCUUUACAUGGUAAUGGUCAACUGUUUUGAUGACACCUUGACAAAAUUCAUGACAUUGAUAAACCUUUUUUUUUGUGCUUUUUAAUUUUUAAACCAACAAUCCUUAAAUUUGUAAGACUUGUGUGAUUGAAAUACCUGCUCAAAUACUAACUGAAGUAGUUAUAUUUAAGUGAAAACACUUCUAAUGAAGUAUGCUUCUUACUGAUACUGGCUCAGUUUUUUUUUUUUGCUUUAGCUGAGAAAUCCAAGCAAUGUUUGUAAACCUGAUGUACUUUUCCCGGUCUCUAGAGGGCAGUCCUUUGUGUGAAUGCAGUCACGUUUGUAUGGUUUAGCUUGAUUACUUCUAGGCAACUUGCAAAGUAUAGUUGGGAAGUACAAAAACAUUUGUAACCUUGCUAAAUGUUUUGAACGUUAUCAUUCUUAUAAGUCUUCUGAACCAUUUAAAUGGUCUCAUUUAGGUACAGUCCCUGAAACUCCUAUGUUGGGUUGCGUUAUGAAUGUCUACUAAAGAAUUCCUACAAUUAAGUUGUGGUCAGGUGACUGAACCCUGCAGGGUUCAAAUGUAGUUACAUUUAUAAGAUGAGUAUGUUUUCCAUCUGCUAUAGUCUUCCUGUGUUUGAACAAAACCCUUUGUGGUAAGUGCCUUAGCUACUGGACUUCACUCAUGUGGAUGUGCACUCCCCCUUGACAUGUUGGACCAUUUGGAACAACUAAACCAAUCGUUUUGCCUGACCGUUAGAGAGUUGUUGACUGGGUUUUACACACCUUUUGCAUGUUAUUUUGCAAACAAGGGCUCAUAUAGCACAGCAAGAGAUUAUGUGCAUUAGGUAUGCAAACAUUAUUUGUCAAAGCGACUGACUAGAUUGUUAUUCAAUGCCUGUUUAUGUGGUUUCACUUUACUGUAGGAGUACUGGGAAAUGUUCAAACACAUUCUCAUCUUGUCUACCCUAUAAGAACGGUUAAAACUUUGCUUUGGAUUUCUUGGCAGCAAAUUGAAAGGAUGGUUAUUUAUUACGAUUCUGGUGUCAUGGGUUUAUUGUUUUUUUUCUUAGAUUUAAAGUAGAAUAAUAUUUAGGGCUAUGUAAGUGUGGUUUGGAGGUGUUGCUUACCAGUCCACUGCAUAUUAAUCCCGAGACUUGCUUAUUUUACCCGCUAGAUGUUCUUGUUUUGACAGUAGUUGGUGUGAUAAUCACUUUUCACAUGUCAUUUUACCUAUCUGAGUUUUGCAGAUGGGUGAAUCUGGAAUUUUUUUACUUCACUUAUUUAGUUUCUGUUAAAAUAUAGAGCAAGGUCAUAUUUAGCUUCUGAUUAAGUCAAAACGUUAGGCUUGCCUGCAUGCUCUGAGGUGACCAUGUGUAAAAAGGCUAACUACUAUAUUCAACGUUUUAAGCCAUCAAUGAUACCAAGCCACAAUGCAGUGUGAUCCCGUAGUUUUUUUCCCCACGAUGUUGAGAAUUACAGAAUGUAUCUGUCCUGGCCAGAUAAGUUGACCAUAUAUUUGUACUGGAUUUCUGGAAAAGCCCCCUCUUCACUCACUGCAUAAUUGACUUAAUGUUCAUCUGGAAUAGCAAUUUCGUUGCCUGAAAUGUAAAAGCAGGAUAGUUUCGACAUUUUUCGAUACUUUUUCUUAUGUUUCAUAUUGAUCAGGGUUGAGCAACAAUAAUCACAGACAUGAAUGUUUAUAGGAAGUUUGCACAUAAACGCUAUACAGUUUAUAUAUAAUAUUUUUUCCUGUUUUGCGAAGAAAAUGUAACUCAUUGUUUAUGACACAUUUUUGAUCGUUUGUAAUUUCCAUCGUGUUUUGUUCCAUGUGCUUGAAUUUUGUUGUAUAUUUUACACUCGUUUCUUUUACCCUAACUGUUUUGGAAUAAAUAAAU